AUGACAUCAAUAGCUUCGGCUUUGCCUUUACCACAAUUAACGACAAACGAAAGCCUCAGCCAUAUUGUCCAUCAGAAAGAUGCUAUUGCACAAAACGUGCACGGUACGCCGGUUGGUAUAAAAUCUAAGACCGUCUUACAAACACGCUCCAUUGCUCGCGUAUCUCCUAAGAGUCGUAGUGUUGAAGAUGAUUCUAGUGACGCAGAAGCUGAAGUUGAACUCACCGCCCAAGCACUACGUAUUGAGGCGCAUGAAUCGUACUCACCCCCCCCGAAACGCAACCGGGAGAGACCUAAGCACAUCGACAGGAAAACACACAACGAACUCUUGCAGAGGUCGAUGCCCCAGAAUCAGACUAGAAGCAGCUUGUACGGGUGGAAAAAGCCAGCAAAUGUAAAGGAAUACAAAGGCACUCCAGCAACACCGUUUGGUCGCCGUCCGCCAGCAGCUUUCGGUUUGCCUAAAUCCAAAAAAACUGGUCCACACAUAUCCUUUAGUGACCUCGAAGUUGUACACUACACAUAUUCGUCUGGAGAAUACGAUCGUUCAAUUCGGGGCAAGCAGACAACGCACCAAACCUCAGCAAAGAAAGUGUUGACACCCAACAGUAUUGAAAAAGAUGCGACGAGCGACAGGGAAACAGUUGGAAACGUGUUGGCCCAAAAGCUUUUGACAGAACCUCCUCCUGGUGUUGUGAUUCGCUUACGGAAACCGGGAACAGACAAUCCUAACAAAGCAAAAAAACGAAUGAGUUGGGCUGGAAAGGGGAUCAAAGAUAUAUUUCGAAUCGGGUUGGCUUCAGAUAGUGCCAGUAACAGCCCCACAAACAAAUCUUCUAAGACUAAACGUCGACAGAGUAGCGUCGGUACGCAUAUUUCUGAUAUAGAACCCAAUGUUGAAUCUGUACGUGGUAUGGAUCCAACUAUUCGAUCAAAAACUGAAGGAUCUCACAAAUUGCAUCAACAGGAUGCUGGAGAAGUCAGUGCUUCGCGGUCAAGACGACUCAGUAUGUAA